AUGGAGGCGUCGGCAAAGGGUGGACAGGAGAUCCACGCGCGUCAGAGUCGGCCGGAGAUGAAUCUGGUGGAGCAUCCACCGACAAAACCGGCGAAGGGAAAGGCGUACAAAAAGAGUGCGGGCAAGAAGAGUGAGGAGAAGAAAACCUGCUACCGCUGCGGAAGUGCGGAGCAUUUCGCGAACGAGUGCAAGCACGCCCACACCGUCUGCAACUUCUGCAAGGUCAAGGGUCACCUGCAGAGUGUGUGCCAGAAGAAAAGUGCUGGCCAGAAGGGCCGAAGAAGUGAUGCUCACCAGGUGGAGGAGAGUGCGGCCGCAGAUAGAAAGUGCAGAGAAAAAGUGCAAGUGGAGGAGAUCUGUGGAGUGUCCGACGCUGCCGAUUUCAACAACAAAGUGGACAAAUUCUGGCUGGAACUGUCUGUGAACAGUGCGAAAGUGAAGUUUGAAAUCGACAGCGGCUCUUCGGUUACGGUUAUGAGUGUGUGGGACCAAGAAAAGUACUUUCCCACGGUGGAAUUGAGUUCCCCGGACACGGGCCUCGUGAGCUACAGUGGAAACGCAAUCGAACUGUGCGGGAUGUGUGCCGUCCGGGUGGACUACGGUGGUCAAAGCCACGAACUGCUGCUGUAUGUUGCAAAGAACGAAAAGCACCCUCUGCUGGGUCGAAGUUGGAUGAAAGUGCUAAAAAUCGACGUGGUCGAGUUCUACGAGAACGUCCACACAGUGGUUGAAAACAGCGCCGGCGCGGUGCAGACGCUCAUUGAGCGCUACGGGAGUGUCUGUGAGAAGUCGAUGGGGAAAAUCGAAGGCCUCACAGCGAAGUUGCAGCUGAAACCGAAUGCGCGUCCGGUGUACCUGCUUGCGCUGCCGGUUCCUUUCUCGAUCAAGGAGGCGGUCGAAAAGGAGAUCAAGGGCCUGGUGGAAAGCGGUGUGCUGGUGAAGGUGAACCACAGUGCGUGGGCCACGCCGGUUGUCCCAGUGAUGAAGUUGAACAACCGAGUGCGACUUUGCGGGGACUACAAGAUCACUGUCAACCCGAACCUGGUGGUCGAUGACCAUCCCCUGCCAACAGUGGAAGAGCUGUUCGCAAACGUGGCCGGCGGGGACAAGUUCACGAAAAUUGAUCUCUCGCAAGCCUACCUGCAGCUGGAGGUCGACCCGGAGGAUCAGGAGAUUCUCACGCUGAGCACGCAUCUGGGGCUGUUUAGGCCGACAAGGCUGAUGUACGGCGUCAGCCCGGCGCCGGCGAUCUGGCAACGCUUGAUGGAGGAGGUGCUGAACGGGAUUCCAGGUGUGACCGUCUUCCUAGACGACAUCCGCAUUACGGGACCGAACGAUCGGGUCCACCUUGAGCGCCUCGAGGAGGUGCUGAAACGACUGAGCCAGUACAACAUGCGGAUCAACCUGGAGAAGUGCCAGUUCUUCGCCGACCGAAUCGAGUACUGUGGCUACUUGAUUGACCGCGACGGAAUCCACAAGGUGCGGAAGAAGAUCGAUGCAGUGCAAGACAUGCCCGUGCCGGAGAACAAGGAUCAAGUCCGUUCCACGACCAUCUACCCGUUGAACUGUCUGCUGCGGAACGACGUGCCGUUCCGCUGGACGAAGGAGUGCGACGAAGCGUUCAAGAAAGUGAAGGACGAGAUGCAGUCAGACCGCUUCUUGGUGCACUACAGUACGGAGUUGCCACUGGUCCUGGCAACAGACGCUUCGCCGUACGGGGUCGGUGCAGUACUAAGCCACAUCAUGCCAGACGGUACAGAACGCCCAAUCAUGUACGCGUCGAAGACGCUGAACGAGACGCAGCGCAGGUACAAGCAGAUCGAUCGUGAGGCGUACGCGAUCAUCUUCGGAACACAAAAGUUCUACCAGUACCUGUACGGACGAAAGUUCUGGCUUGUCACGGACAACGAGCCAGUGAAGCAGAUUUUCUCGGAGACCAAGGGUCUGCCGGCGAUGUCAGCGUUACGGAUGCAGCACUACGCUGCGUACCUUGCUUCGUUCCGGUACGAGAUCAAGUUCCGUCCGACGAGGGAGCACUACAACGCUGACGCCUUUUCUCGAUUGCCGGUCAGCGCACAAACACCCGAGUACGUCGUCGAGGAAGUUGACUUGCUGGAGGUCAACAUGAUCGAGACGCUGCCGCUGACGGUCGGAGAUUUGGCGAAGUCGACUGCUGUGGAUCCGACAGUGAAGGUGCUGCUGCAAGGUCUCAAGAACGGGAAAACAGUCGAAGCACGUGAGCGUUUUGGUAUCGACCAGAACGAGUUUGCGCUACAACAAGGGUGCAUCAUGCGCGGAAUCCGGGUGUACGUCCCACCAGAGCUGCGGGCGAACGUGCUCGCAGAGCUGCACUCUACACACUUUGGGGGCACACGCUUGAAGUCGCUCGCCAGAGGAUACGUGUGGUGGGAGCGGAUCGACAAGGACAUCGAGGAGCUGAUCCGGAACUGCGCGGCCUGUCAGGUGACACGGGCCGAUCCUGCGAAAGUGCCUCUACACUGCUGGGAAACACCAAAGGGACCAUUCGACAGAGUGCACGUGGAUUUCGCUGGACCAUUUAUGGGUACGUACUUCAUCGUAUUUGUUGACGCGUACUCCAAGUGGCCAGAAGUGAAGAUCUUGCGAGACAUCACUACGAGUACGACCAUCCACGCCUGUCGUGAAUUCUUUGCUGCCUACGGGAUACCUGCCGUGCUCGUGAGCGACCACGGAGUGCAAUUCACGUCGGCCGAGUUUCAGCACUUCCUGAAACAAAAUGGAAUCUUCCACAAGAUGGGCGCACCGUACCAUCCGGCAACCAACGGUGAGGCAGAGAGAUUCAUCCAAACGUUCAAGGGCAAGAUGAAGGCUCUCAACUGCGACAAGUCGAGAAUGCACGCGGAACUGUGCAACAUCCUACUCAGUUACCGCAAGACCAUACACCCUGCCACCGGAAAAUCGCCUUCGAUGAUGCUGUUCAACAGGCAGAUCCGGUCUCGACUUGACCUGAUGGUCCCGAACGCUGCAGUGGUGGAAGAAAAGCCCGAAGUAGCCGUUCGAUCGCUUCCCGAGGGGGCGAGAGUUGCUGCUCGUGACUUCCUGAGCAAGGACAAGUGGAAGUACGGUCACGUUGCUGAAAAGCUGGGCAAACUCCACUACAACAUCAAGCUGGACGACGGUCGACUCUGGAAGCGCCACAUCGACCAGCUGCGAGAAGUCGGAGCGAACCUGCCGUCUGGACGUCCUGAGAUACCAGCUGAGUGUUUCGAGCCAGACAUCGUGCCAGUUGCUCCACGAACCAAUCCAGUACAACACACGCCACAAGCUGCUGCCGCUGUACCUACACCGGCGGCCAACCCGAUUGCUGAACCGCAAUCAGCGCGGAGUGCUGCGGCUACUCCCAAACCGCCGGAACCACCUGCGGUACCGAAGCCGAAAUCGCAAGGACCACUUGCGGUGCCGAAGCUGAAACCGACGAACGCUGCUGGUAGAUCCGAGGCAAACAACCAGCAAUCACCGCGACGAUCGACAAGAGUCAUCAAGCCGCCUCGGAGACUGGACCUGUAG